GGCAGAAGUUAAGAAAUGAUAAUAAACAGUAAGUAAUUUAUGUGUACUGAUGCUUUCAAUAAUUUCUAAAUAACAAUAGGGUUUUAAAACUGGCCUGCAGCUGCCGGCGGGCAGGUUGAGUCCUUCUAUCGUCUCAUUCAAAAACAGCACAAAUACAUGAUAACAAUCUCUCCUGUCAAGUGGCAGUUCCUUUGUUUGGAACGGUGGUCUGAAAACUCGCUUUGACGAAUCAUGGGGCGAGUUUCAAUUGGGCACACUUUCUUGCGUUCGGAAAAUUUAAAUUGUGCCCAAGGUGAGUUUAGCGAUCGUUCGUACAGAACGGAGACAAAAAAUUCAGAUUCAGAGAAAAAACGUUUCGUUCGUAAUUAUUGCGGCGUUCGUAUAGAUUGGAGAAUUACCGUAACAUUCUCAGGGCAUGCAGCUACUGUUUGCCAAGCUGUCCAGUUUUGUUGCCUUCUGUGAUACUGGGGUGGUGAGCAAAGUGACACUGAGACAUCAGGGGGUGGACUUCUCAGAUGUGGAUCAUGCCAUCAAAGCUCUCAGCUGGAAUGGGAGCGGGAGUGGUCUUAUGCAAGAAAAGACAAUUAAUGCACAGCAUACCAACUACACUGGAAAGAAAACCCCUUCGGCCCAUGGCAAGAAAGCAAAUUUUAAAUUGAAGGACAUUGUCAAGGACAUGCAAAAUUGUCAUCUCAGCAAGGGCUCUAAAUCCAGGUCUCCCAGAAACUCGCUGGACAGCAGUUACUUUGCAAGGUUCAGUUUCUCAUCUGAAGACAUUCCUGCUGAGGUUGGCUUUAAAAAAUCUGACAAAGAAAGCAGCAAACCAAGACGCAAAGAGAGGUCACUGGCUUUAAACACAGUGCCGCCUACGCUGACAAGCUUUUGGUCAAAUCAGUCAAAGUCAACUAGUGUGCCUGAUGGGACAAGUCUUUUUUUCAGGGGUAAUGGUUCUGCUGGAGCAUCAGCAUCUAAUAGCAUAAUGACAAGACCCAACCAGGAGAGUUUAGCUCAAGAGGCCAAGUUGAUUUCUUCUCGAUUAUUUGACCAACCACUGGAUGCAGUAAGAGGAGGGGAAAAACAAGGAGUGGGUGCUACGGACCCAGCGGGGAAUCGUAGCGCAGGUUUUGCAGGAGCAGCACCCUGUACUUUUUCCCCUCACUCUUGCUCAGAACUAGAAAGAAUGAGCUCUGGUGGUUCUCUUGUAGCUCAGAGAGGAUCAGUUUCCUCCGUUACUCUCUCCAAUACAGACUCGGAUAGUGAGAGGCCUUAUGCAAGUGUCACUCCCAUCACUGAAGGUUGGAGUCCCCUGAAUCCAACAGUUGGCUUCAAUGCUGUGCCAAGUGUUGAGGAAGAACAACUGCUGCAGUCAGCUGCAGGGGUAUUCACUCUUGAGAAUCCAAAUAAUCAAAACACACGAUCACACAGUGCAUUGGUUGAAAAUCACGGUCACAGUGGUGACCAAAACAUAACUUCAGGUCACAAUGUUACAGUUGAUCAAUGCACUUCUACUGGAGCAGCUUUGCCUGAUCCAGAUCGAAGUACACUUAAUCCAGAUCAAGCAAGGGGGGAUUCAAUUCAAGGUGUCUCUAACCCAGAUGGAGCUUUCAGUGAUCUUGGACAAGCUGCCUCUAUUUCAGAUCAAGCCUCACCUAAUCCAGAUAGUGCAGCAGCGGGCAAUACAAGUGUGUUUGGCACGGGAGAGUUUCGCUUUGCUCUCAGUCCUGCAGUGACAUUUAAAUCAAGUGGAAGGGUCCUUAGGAAAGCUGCCAGAAGACAAAGACACAAAUGACUGGUCAAGACAGAGAAUCUACUUGAAAUGGGCUCUUAACUGGAAUACUUAAUCGCAUGUGCAUUGUUUGUUGUUGUAGUAUACAACAAUGCAUGUAUAUCCCACGGACUGACUAUAAGUAAAGAGCAUUGCAUUACUAUAUAAUAUGCUUCUUUUUUAAAUUUUCCCCUUUAAAAAAUGAAUUCUACUGAAGUGAAAUUGGCCUAUUUAUGAGGUGACCUAUGCGUAUGUAAAACAAUGACAUGGGUUACCCAUUUUAUACAUUAUCUCCUAAUACAUGUAUUUUAGGAGAAUAAAUGCAAGCUCCUUAUAUUUUAAGGAGAAUAAAUGAAAUAAAAUUCAGCAAAAAUAAA